GUUCCCCGUUACAGUUUUCCGAUCUUCCUUUUCAUCGUUAUUCUUCUGGGAAUGAUGAUCAUUUCGACAAUAAUUGGAAAUGUGUUCGUCAUAGCCGCGAUCUUAAUGGAGAAAAGUCUUCAAGGUGUUUCGAAUUAUUUGAUAUUGUCUCUCGCUGUUACUGAUUUAAUGGUAGCAGUUCUUGUGAUGCCGAUAAGCCUCGUGAACCAAGUAAGUAUAUUCUGGUAUCUUGGAGCCCAUUUGUGUGAUAUGUGGAUUUGUUUCGAUGUUUUGUGCUGUACUGCAUCCAUACUUCAUCUCGUGGCUAUUUCGCUUGACCGGUUCUGGGCUGUAUCUAAUAUAGACUAUAUAAGAAGGAGAUGUGCUAAACAGAUAUGUAUCAUGAUAGCAAUUGUUUGGAUUGUGGCGGCCAUAAUUUCCAUUCCUCCAAUAUUUGGAUGGAAAGACCCCGGAAACGACCCGGAUGUCCUAGGUGUCUGUAUGAUAAGUCAGGACCUAGCUUAUACAGUGUUUUCGACAGUUGGGGCAUUCUAUUUCCCUAUGACAUUGAUGAUUGUGUUAAAUUUGAAGAUUUACAUGGCAGCCCGGUCACGGAUUAGACGGAAACAUUUCAGUGGUAUCGCCCGACCAGUCGGUUGUCCGACAAUUACGAAGGCCGAGGCGACUACAAGAAAUAAUUCUUCAGGAAGUGAUGUCAGCCACGACGAAUACACAGUGUAUAAUGGGUCAUGUAUUAAUGAGGAAACCGCAAUGAACGUUUCUGAAACAAACGGUACCGUGACAGUAAAUGGAGGCGAACAAUACUUAGCAGUGCCAUCAGCUGUGGAUAAAGAACGGUCAAGAAAAGCGAAAGUUGAAAUGAAAAGGGAGAGAAAAGCUGCACGUGUAUUAGGGAUUAUUACUGGAUGUUUUAUAGCUUGCUGGCUGCCUUUCUUUUUCGGGGCCUUACUGGGGCCAUUUUGUGGCGAGGGCUGUUUCCUGUCAUUGGAUAUGAUGAGUACAUUCUUAUGGCUUGGGUACUUCAAUAGUUUAUUGAAUCCAAUUAUUUAUACUAUAUUUAAUCCUUCAUUUCGAACAGCCUUUCGCAAAUUAAUUUACAGAAAAUAUCGUUAUCGAAGGUAA